AUGCGGUCCGUCACGCGGCCGUCGCUGCCAGUUUGGAAGGUGGGCCUGCUGGUGGUGGCCCUGAUCGUGGUCUACUCCUACAUGUCCCUCUACGGCGAAGUCGGCGCCCUGUCGCGCUCGCUUGGGCGCGUUGAGCAUCUUCUACAGACCCAAGAAGAAGAAGAUGAUGAAGCGCAGGCCCUCGGACCGACCCAAGAAGAAGAACAUGAUCAUCAAAAAGAAGACGAAGAGGAGCUGAUCGAGCGGCGACUCGCCGAGGCCCUGCGAGAAAUAGACCGGUUGGACCCGAGCAAGAAGCGAAGGAAGGAGGACGCCAAGGCCGCGUGGCCGACCAAGCAGCCGCACGUGUUCCAGUUCUACUGCGCCGACGUGGUCGACGGGUUCGAGUUCGUGGACAAGCUGGUGCUUCAGGCCCAGCAGGACUACCCGACCAACACGCACGACUGGAGCCAGGGCUGGGACCUCAUCUUCUCGCGCGAGUUCCUGCAGCACAUCCCGCACGAGGCCGUCAAGCGCGUGCUGCACAACUUCAACAAGACCGGCUCCAAGUACCUCCUGCUCACCCACGACCCCUCUCGCGCCAUCAACAAGGACAUCGAAUUCGGUGGCUACGAGCCGAUCAACAUGCGGGUGCCACCAUUCAACCUGGGUCCACCGCUGGCCGAUUUCCCCGACGCCGGCCACGAACGCCUGCUUCUCUACAAGCUGCCGCUCGUGGGCUUCGAGGACUGA